AUGGCAAUCCACCAUGACAGACAGUUUUCACUGCGGCUGCUCUUCACGGGCACGGUCAUGCUAUUGGCAGGGUGCAACAAGGUCAGUCUGCUGGCACCAAAGCUGCGCGCUCCCGACCACGACCACAACCUCGCGCAGAGGAUCUUGUUGAUGCUACGCUUGAGACGCAAACACUGCUGGCGCAGUGAACACCUCAGACCCAUGAGCUCCGGCGACUGGACGUGUGCUUGGCUGUAUUCGCAGCUAAUCUCACGAUGCCAAAACUCACAUCGAAGUGCCAGCAGAUCGAUCUCGCCAAAGCAGUGGUGA